GAGGAAAUGGGUCACAAACUUAAAUUAAAGUCUUAAUGUGUCAGCUUGAUAUUUAUUUGGUUUAGUUCGGGUUUACCCACCGUUCAAGUGGUUUCCAUCUCCAGCCGUUUAAAUGUCACGUAAAGCUCGAACCGUCGGCGUCGGGACGUUAACUCGGAGAGUUGAGCUAAAAACGGCGUUUUUGGGGUUUGUUGUAGAGGAAAAGCAGGUCUGGGAUGUUAGGAUUCGCUUCGACAUAACGGGACAAAGGCAGAAACGUCUCCACUGCUUUUCUUUUAUUCUCAGUGACUGGCAUCACUGGGUCAUUUUAAAAUAUCAGGCCGGGUAUAUUUUAUGUUUUAUCUCGCUGGAGAUGAGCGAGUAACGGCUGAGGACGUUUGUAUGUGGAGGAAGCUGCAGGUGAGGAUGACAUCAUCUGAGGAUUUGAGGAGGAAAAAAGCCCUUCUGAGCGUCCUUAUUGUGCGGGUUUUCGCCUGAACUGGACUGCCAAUCAAAGUUGUUUUUCUCCUUUACUGUUGUUUUCCACUUUGCAACAGAAAGGGGGCGCUGUGCCGAAUGCAGUCCAACAAAGACAUGUUUUGCUGCAGAUUGUGGAGUCCAGAUAUGGAAUAAAACAGACAGCAAUGUCAGCUGCAAUUCUGCUUUCAGGUGAUAGUGAAUGGUGAGAAGGAGCGAGUGUCCUUGCUGUUCAUGAAGGCUCUGGUCAGCAGAGGGAGCGUGGAUGCCGUGUCGCAGCAGAUGGCGUCUCACCCCCAGUAUCUGGAGAGCUUCCUGCGCACACAGCACUACAUCCUGCACAUGGACGGCCCCCUGCCGCUGCCAUACCGCCAUUACAUCGCCAUCAUGGCGGCCGCACGCUAUCACUGCAGGUACCUGGUGUGCCUGCACUCGGCCCAGUUCCUGAGGGUGGGCGGGGAUCCUCUGUGGUUGCAGGGUCUGGAAGCGGCUCCCCCUCGUCUUCGCCUCCUUGACCACAUAAACAAGGUGCUGGCCCACCAGCCCUGGCUCGCCGCCUGUUCACAUAUCCAGACGCUGCUGAAGGCAGGUGAGCAGUGCUGGUCGCUGGCGGAGCUGGUGCAGGCCGUGGUGAUCCUGGCCCACUGCCACUCACUCUGCAGCUUCGUCUUUGGAUGCGACACAGACUCGGACCUCGCACAUCUUGCCAAAUCUCCAAACGGCACCCCGCCGACCUUUUGCCCCUUCGAUGCUGCCAACGGCAACGCCAAUGUGCCUCAGUCGCUCAAGGCUCCCUCUGAACAUAUCACGCGCCGACGGUCGUUGGACUCCAGUUGUGACAUGGUUUGUUUGAAGGAGAGGAUCCAGAGGUCCCAGGAGGAGCAGGAGAAGAAAGAAGAGCGUCUUCUUCAGACGCAGACACUCCAGCAAACAGAUCUGGAAGAUGAGGAGGAGAUGCUGUGCUUCGCUGAUUCGUCACAUUUCAUCACAGACCCUGACUUCUGCCAUCAGGAGUUCGCCCGGAGGGACGAGGAUCACCUCCAAGUGCUGAGAGUUCAGGACUACUCGUGGGAGGUCCACGGCUUCUCCCUGAUCAACAGGUUGUACUCAGACAUCGGACACCUCCUGGACGACAGGUUCAGGAGCGUCACGUCCCUCCCGUCUCUUCACAGCUCCGACCUGAAGAGGGCGAUCUGGAAUUACAUCCAUUAUGUGUUAGGAAUACGUUAUGACGAUUAUGACUAUGGGGAGGUGAACCAGUUGCUGGAGCGAGAUCUCAAGCUGUACAUCAAGGCUGUGGCUUGUUUUCCGGACGUCACUAAAACUCCGGUGUGUCCGCUGAGUUGGACUCUGCUGAAAGCUUCAGAGAGGAUACACGUAAACCUGCUGAUCAUGGAGGCCCGGCUGCAGGCGGAGCUGCUGUAUGCACUGAGAGCCAUCACUCGGUACAUGAUUGCUUGAACAACUCGCGGAGUUCAAACUGUCUGCCGGCUCGGAGAGACCCGGAGAGGACGAGGGACAUGGAACUGCAGGUGGUGACGUGGGACGGGAAGCGGCACAUCCGAAGACUCUGAAGUCAGCGGAUCAUUGGGCUGUGGAUCUCCUCUCAGACUCAAUGUGUCUAUUGUGCCACGCCCCUCACGCUCAUCUCUUACCUUUCUGCUGUUUUUCCUCUCAGAAAACAUCCGGCCUCUCUUAAGGUUAUGUGCAAUUAUUAGUGGUUAUUUUAAAAUUUCCCUGUUGUCUUGUGUUCCAGUUGAGUCUGUGAGAAGCUGCUUGUUUGCAGCAAUAUGUUAUCAGUGGCCAACACUCCUUAUUUGUUCAUUAGACAAGUCUCCUUUUGUAUUAACUCUGCUUUCCCAAAAAAAAAAACAACCUUUUUGUACAAGGUGAAUGAAUGUUAAAUGGGAGAUCAGGGGCUUUUUCUUCGUUUCUUUUUUGACAAUCUGUCAGUUUUGAAGGACGUUUAUUGGACUGUGAAGGACGACAGUUUUACGCACUCGGACAUUUCGUAUUAUUGCUGGUCGAGAACAAACAGCCGUGACACUGCUGGAAGUUAUCACAUCACUAUAGUUUCUUUUAAUAAGCACUUUUUUAAACUUUAUAUAUUUAUAAUGCAAUGUAGCUCUGAGGUAGACAUUAAGACAAAGUGUGUGGGUCCGACACCUUUCUUCCCCUCCUGCUUUUUAUUUUAACCUUUGUUUUUCUGCCCCAGGUACCAGGUGACGGUACUCCAUUUAAGGUGUUUCUGCAAUUUACUGUUUUUCUUUCUUCCUGCAUAUUUUUUAUGUAGAGACAAAAGGAUUUUAAAGAUGGUGGAUGUUUGCAUAAAUAUGAAUUUGGCAGGUAGACUCAUCUGAGAAGCAGCGCCACUUAGGGGGGCCUAAUUUCAAAUGUUAUUGGCAACACUCCCAGGCAUAAAACGAUACAGGAGUGUGAUGAAAGAAAAAUUGUGUUUGAGUUGCAUGUUUAGGCUUUUGCAUUUGUACUUCUUUUAAAUCGAAUUAGAUAAAAAUUCAUGAUCUAAAUCUGGAAAGCAGAAAAUAAGCAAACUGUAUCCUUUUCAGUCUUUGUUUUUUCUUAUUUUUACAUUUUUCAGUAGAUUUUUGGGUACUCCCUUUGUGUUUUUGAGUGUGACUGUAGGACCUGCUCGUUGCACUGCAGCCUGAGUAGAUGUAGAGGUCUUGCAGACUGUGUAGUUAGAUUUCGUGACUGCAGGACGUCCAGAAGAAACAAGUGCAUAUAGACUAAAAACAAAGCAAAAGCGCUACAACACAGGUGCCUUUAGGCGGAAAAAACUGGAGCACUGCUCAAGUGGAGGGUUGUUACUGCUGGAGGCUGUGCCUGGGCAUUGAUUGGUGGCUACUCUGAGUGGAAACAGAUAUUUUCAUUUCUGAUAAAUGUUCCCGCUGUGAAUGCCCGUUCUUUUCACCUUCUGCUAAGUCCCAGCAUCACAGCAAGAGCCUUUGACGCAGAUGGAUGUUAAAGAUUUUCAACUUUAGCUGAUUAAAUAUGCCCAAUUAUAUUUCAAACGUUUUAAAAAAAAAAGGACAAAAAGAAUAAAUGCAAAGACAAAAAAACUUUUUUGAAAAUGUAAACGUUUUCUAUAAAAAUGUACCAUCAAAA